GAGAUAGACAGACGGUUGGAGAAGAAGCUGAAGAUCACACAGAAGGAAAGCAGAAAGUCCAAAUCUCCUCCUAAAGUGCCGAUUGUGAUUCAGGACGACAGCCUUCCCGCAGGGCCUCCCCCCCAGAUCCGCAUCCUCAAGAGGCCUACCACCAACGGCGUGCUCAGCAAUCCCAACUCCGCCAGCAGGCCGGCCUUCCCGGUGAAAUCCUUGGCGCAGCGGGAAGCGGAGUACGCGGAAGCCAGGAAACGAAUAUUGGGUAGCGCCAGCCCCGAAGAAGAGCAGGAGAAACCCAUCCUAGAUAGGCCCACGAGGAUCUCCCAGCCAGAAGACACCAGGCAGCCCAACAAUGUGAUUAGGCAACCCCUGGGUCCCGACGGCUCCCAAGGCUUCAAGCAGCGCAGAUAG